AUGGCCUUGGGGACCGAAGGAGAAUUAACUCUGACAUCCCGUAUCAGAAACACAAACUCUGAUGGAAAGCCGUUUACAUUCACAUUUGCUUAUCACACCUAUUUCUCUGUCUCAGACAUCAGUGAAGUUCGGGUUGAAGGAUUGGAAACGUUGGAUUAUCUUGACAACUUAAAGAACAGAGAACGAUUUACUGAACAAGGCGACGCAAUAACUUUUGAAUCUGAAAUUGACAAGAUUUAUCUAAGCACGCCUACAAAGAUUGCCAUUCUGGACCACGAGAAAAAGAGGACUUUCGUUAUUCGCAAGGACGGGCUUGCUGAUGCUGUGGUGUGGAAUCCUUGGGAUAAGAAAUCAAAGACGAUCUCUGACUUGGGAGAUGAAGACUAUAAGCAUUUUCUUUGUGUGGAAGCUGCAGCUAUCGAGAGACCGAUCACAUUGAAACCCGGUGAAGAAUGGAAGGGAAGACUCGAACUCUCAGCAGUUCCUUCUAGUUACUCCAGUGGACAGCUUGACCCCAAGAAAGUCCUUGAGUGACUCUCUCAAACUUCAAAAACAUCAUACUUCUCUUCUCUUUAAUUGCAGUACUAUAAAAACCAAGUGAAGGGAGGAGGAGUUGAAGAUCAUCGAAUAUACUAUUUAAAGAAACUGAGAUUGAAUAAAAUUGUUGCUUAAUGCUUCUUAGUUCUCUUUCGUAACCACAAACAUUAACGAUUUGAGGAUCAAGACAAGAGACUUUGCACCGGAAAAUUUCCAAUAGUUAAAAUGUCGGUUACUAAUA